AUGGCGUCCCCCGCUGCAACCCGUCCUCUCCCCACCCCCCCCUCCCCGGGCUGCAAAGCGCCUCCGCGACCGAGGGCACCCAGCGGAAGGAGGAGAGGGAAGGGUCAACUCAGAGUGACCGGGGAGGAGGAGGGGAGGAUAUCCACAGGAAGGAAGGGAGGAGGAGGAUUUGGGUACAAUUCCAUCUUUGUCGUGGUCCCUUGCUGCGUCUGAUAUUCCUCCACUGGAAACGGAGGAUGCUGAUAGAAGAAUCUGAGGGUUUUCUCGCUUUUCCGUGUGGAGUUCGCUAGCCUUUAUGGAGAUCAGAAGGGAGUUCUUCCUUGCUCUCUUACUCGGGGCUACUGUUCUCCGGCGUUGACAGGGAAAGCUGUCUCGUGGUUGGUCUGGUGAUUUCAGCGGACGUCGAUUUGAGAUUUCAGGGGUGAGUACGCUUCUCGAUUCUGAUUUCGGAAGAUGUCCGCCAGUGCAGAUGAGAGGAGGGAGUGAUUCGAAGUCGGAGGGAGAUUUCCAGAUCUGGCGGCGCGUCCCCCGUAGAUCUGGGGAUAAUCUGGGGAUAAUCUGUGGGAGGAGGUGUGAAGGGGAUUGGAGGAUCCGAUCGGGGAUGGAUUUGGACGAUUUCAACGCGGUGAUGAGGAGACUGGAUGUGGAUCUGUGGACUCUGAUUGACACUGCCAUCUCCGUGGCCGCCAGAGACCACGGGAAGGAACUCAGGUCCCGAAGGGAUGGCAUCGUGGAGCAGCUCUACGCUCCGGUCGUCCCCCGGUACCGGAACGGCGACUGGGAUGACGGCCAAGGGGGUUCUUCCACAGCGAAGUCAGGGGAGAAGGAGCGAAUCCAGUCGAGAGGAGCCGAUGAGAAGGGAAAGCUCCCGAACGAGGAGAGAACCCAGCGGGGUUCUCCGCCGGUGACGCCGUCACCAGACAGCGAAGAAGACUACGAAGAAGAAGCUGACGAAGAAGAAGAAGAAGAAGCUGAAGCAGAGGAAGAAGACGAUCGGGAUCGGAUGCGCAACGGCCGUCCGGCCGAGGAUGAGGAGAGUAAGAUCCUCGCGAUCAAAGAGCACCUCGACGAUCCCGAUCAGGUCAAUCUCUUAUCGUGUUGAUCUCCAUGAAUUCCUGUACCCCUCGUCUUCUGCUGUACAAACUUCUCAUUUCUUCCGGGAUUGUUCCACAGCAGUCCGAGGACUCCCUGAUUCAGAUGCUCCAAACUCUCGCAGACAUGGACAUACAAUUCAAGGCUCUCAAGGUAGUGGCUCGGCAUUAACCCGCAACCUUCCUCCUAUCCGCAGGGAAGACCGUCGCCUGAUUUUUCCAUUCGGAGUUUCAUCUUUGCGCUCUGUGAAAUCUCAGGCGACCGAUAUUGGGAGGCAGGUGAAUGGCCUCCGGAAGCACUCCUCCACCGAAGUUCGGAGACUGGUGAAGCAUCUCGUGAGGUGAGGAUGUCUCCUCGAAUGCUCCCUCUUCAUCCUCGGAAGAAACAUCUGAUGCAACUCUCGUGAGCAGGAAGUGGAAGGAUAUGGUGGACGACUGGGUCAAGAAAAACUCUCUCGAGACUGCGCACCCCUCCGUCAUCGGUAGGCUUCUCCCUUCAGAUCAUCCAAAUACUAGGAGAGGAGAGAGAGAGAGAUCUUCUGCUGCUCUUCGAUGCUAUCUGUUGGUACUAUCUCGGAAUUGGUUGAAAUGGCAGAUGACGGUGACCCCCCGGAGCAGAUUCAAGCAAAGAUCGGUCAGAAUAAAAACCAGGUAA